AUGAGCAGAAACAUCUACGACAUCGACCCGGCGGGUAAUGUGCUCUGCACUUAUACAGGUGGUGAAUCGCAGGACACCACGCUGAGGGCCUCACGAACCAAAAACCCCCGACUCCAAGCCCUCCUCCACGCCUUCCUCCCCGCCGGCUACCCCCACUCCGUAACCCCUGACUACCUGCCCUACCAAACCUACGACUCCCUCCAAGCCUUUUUCUCAUCCAUAACCUCUCUCCUCGCCAACCGCGCCGUGCUCGAAGGUCUAGGCGUAGGCGACAGCUCCUCUUCGCCCACCGGCGCCUUGAUUUUAAAAAUCGCCGGCGACACUAUUAGCAGGAUCGCAACAAUCUUGUUCGCGCAUCGCAUGGGCACGGCCAUCGAGCCGGAAUGUAAAUUCUACCGGUUCCUGGCAGACUUGUUAAAUGACAGCGCGCAGCUGCUGGAUUUACUUACGCCCGCGCUGCCUUACUUCCCAAAACUGGGUGUUAUUGUCAGCGCUGGUGUGUUGCGAAGUCUCUGUGGCGUGGCGGCUAAUGCCAGCAAGGCGAGUUUAUCUGCGCAUUUUGCUCUGAGAGGGAACUUGGCCGAGUUGAAUGCGAAAGAAGCGAGUCAGGAGACGGUUGUCAGUUUGCUGGGUAUCUUGGUCGGCAGUCUGGUGGUUAAAGUUGUGCAGGACCGGGGAGUGGUGUGGGCGCUGAUGGUGGGGUUGUUGGGCGUGCAUCUUUUGAUGAAUUAUUGGGCUGUGAGGGCCGUGAGGUGUCGGACCCUGAAUAGGCAGAGGGCGACGGUGGUUGUUAGGGGGUGGUUGGAAUGGGGAAGGGUGUUGGGGCCUGAGGAGGUGGCGAGGAUGGAGAGUAUUUUGCAAUUGCCUUCUUUAAUGGGACUGCUGGGGAUGGGGUGGGUAUUUGGGGGAGGAACAAGAGGAGGAAGAGGAGGAAGUGGAAAAGGAGGAUUUGGUUUCGGCAAGAUGACGAGUAAAUCCGGUGAAUAUACGGGGUAUUGCGAGUUUGGGACGUACGGGGAUGUUAAAGCGUUGGCUGCCCCUGCUUGGAAAGGAGGAGGGUAUCAUAGGUAUGAGUUUGAGACGGACGGGUAUUUUAUGGGCAUUUGUCAUCGGGGAGGGAAUUUCAUCAUGAGGAUCGCGUUGAAGGAGGAGCAUGGCAAACCGAUGAGUGAUACGAGUGCAAGUGCGAGUACUGCAAGUGCAAAUAGUCCGCUGGAGGCCUGGUUCGAUGCGGUUAGCCACGCGUAUCACUUUGACUCGGCCCUCAAGGACGGGCUGGAGAGUCAUUACGAGAACGAGGUGCCGCUGCUGGGAUAUACGUCAGAGGAACAGAAGGGAACCGUGUUUGCGGCGCUGGCGGCUGCUGGGUGGGAUUUGGAGACGAAUGCGUUAGAAACGAGAUCGCCUGUGAGGGUGAGGGUUGGGGAUGGGAGGAAAGUUCCAAUCCCGUCGGAAAAGGAUAUCCUUCGACAACCACAGGUGUCCAAGAAGGAUUGA